GAAAGUGGCCGACGUCGGAACGGCCUGCGCCUUGUGGACCUUGUGGUCCGACGCCGAGAUCCUACGUCACAGUGAAGUAUGUGCUCUCAAGUGUAGAAAAUGGCUGCGCUCUCCGCUUCCCCGGGACGUAAAUACGGCCUGUGGAUUGGCCUAUCAGUGUUUUUCUCGCGUAUAGUUAACGUCCUGACAUUAUCCUGCUACUGUGAGGGACACUGCCCUUUCGACCAGCAGAAUGGGACCUGCACUAUCAGACCCGGAGGCCACUGUUUCAGCGCAGUCGAGGAAAUCUGGGACGCUGAGCUUCAAGACUACGUUCCCGAAUGGUCCUUCGGAUGUCUGCCGCCCGACGAGCAGGGUUUCAUGCAGUGCAAGGGGAACUUGGUUCCUCAUCUUCUCGGCAAGAAUAUAAUCUGUUGCAAUGAUACCGAGCUCUGCAACAAAGACCUAUUCCCAAUGUACAAACAGAGAUCCACCGUUGCCCCCGACCCAAUAGCAAUUUCAUCCGGUGCCCCAUUGAUAGUGCUGGCAGUCACUUUGUCCAUCUGCCUGAUGAUUUUCAUCCUAGCGAUAGUGAUAAUUUACCAGCGAUACAGAAGAAAAGAGCGGGGACCUUGCUUGGUCUCGAAUCAGGGCACCUUGAAGGAUCUGAUCGAUCAGAGCAGUGGUUCGGGCUCUGGUCUGCCUCUUCUCGUCCAGAGGACUAUCGCGAAACAACUUGCCCUUUCCCAGUGUGUCGGUAAAGGACGCUAUGGUGAAGUUUGGUUGGCGCGGUGGAGAGGCGAAAAAGUGGCUGUCAAGGUCUUCUUUACCUUGGAAGAGGCCUCCUGGUUUCGGGAAACCGAGAUUUAUCAGACGGUCUUGAUGAGGCAUGACAAUAUUCUCGGAUUCAUCGCUGCUGAUAUCAAAGGAACUGGAUCCUGGACUCAGAUGUUGCUGAUCACGGAUUAUCAUGAAAGAGGCUCGUUGCAUGACUAUCUGCAGACGACUGUCCUGGAUCAUUCCACCCUAUUGGCGAUUUGCCUCUCGAUCGCAUCGGGAAUUGCUCAUUUGCAUACGGAAAUAUUUGGCACACGGGGCAAACCCGCGAUUGCCCAUCGCGAUAUUAAGACGAGGAAUAUUCUUGUUAAGAGGAACGGCGAGUGCGCGAUCGCCGAUUUUGGUCUCGCUGUACGGUACUUAAGUGACAGUGGUGAAAUCGAUAUUGCGCCCAACACACGAGUCGGCACCCGGCGCUAUAUGGCGCCUGAGGUUCUCGACGAGUCCUUGAACACGUCCUCCUUCGACGCCUUCAAGAUGGCGGACAUGUAUUCGACCGGUCUCGUUCUCUGGGAAGCCUGUCGAAGAUGUGCGACGGGAGGGAAAGUGUGUACGGCAGAGCCCUAUGCUCUCCCCUAUCACGAUGUCGUCCCCAGUGAUCCUGAUUUCGACGACAUGAGGUUGGCAGUCUGUGUCAAGAGGCUACGGCCCGUCAUUCCAACGAGAUGGGAAAACGAUCCAAUCCUUUUCGCCAUCGGGAAAUUGAUGAGCGAAUGUUGGAAUAAAAAUCCAGCAGUUCGGUUAACAGCCCUCCGAGUAAAGAAAACAAUGUCGAAGCUGCACAUCGACAAUGCCAUCAAAAUUGUGUAGUGCGCUCAUCUCUUUGUCCUAGUUCAAAAAUUCCCUGUAAAUAAAAUCCCCGCCCGAGUGUAAAUAUUAUUGAUAAGAGACUGCUGACUGAAGACUGAGAACUGAAAUUUAUAAAUAAAUAAUUAAUAGUGAAGAUAAUGUGUGCGUCUGUGCGUGCAUGCGUGUGUAUGAAUGAUUUUGAUGAAUGCUGUGUUGUAUUUCUCGAGUCGAAUUUUAUUCAUUCGUAAUUUGUACAGUCAAAAUAGGAUUAAGGCUUUCAUCUAGUUCAUCUAUUGCGCCUUUUCAUUACGUUCUGGCGACUUUCAGGCGAAAAUUUUAUAUUUCUAGACCUAGACUAUUGUUUUUUUCGAAAUUUCUCAUUUUUCUUCAAUAAAACCUCCUUCGUGUCAGAAAUCGGUAAGAAAAUCCUGUUUUUCAGCACUGUAUGUAAUGAAAGACGACGAGAAAGGGGUUUUAUUGUAUUAGGAGGAGGAAAAGUUUGUCUGAGCUGUUUUUAAAUUUGGAGGUUCAAGUCGAAGCCAGCACUCUAGUAAUUUAGAAAUAGAGAUUUAGUUUCGUGCUGGAUUUGCUUUGAAAAACCUCACUCUUAUUUUUAUUUUGACAAUUUGUUGGACACUGAUCGCAAUUUUAUUUUGAAGAGGAUUUAUCAAGAAUGAUAGAUUAUUAAAUGGCCAUCGUAAUUUAAUUAUUAUGUAGUAAUUUUCUGAAGGAAUAAUGGUGUGAGAGAAAUGCUUAUGUUUAGCAUUUUUGCAUAUCUUGUCGAUAUCCGAAGCUAGAAAACAAAGUGAUCUUGUUACAUUUUAUUUUUAUUUCACCACGAAACUUUUUAAGUGUAACCACGAAUUGUGCGAUUGAAAAUAAUGAAAUUUAUAUUUGUAAUGAGCAUUAAACAAUAUAUCAGUU